AUGGCCGCGCACGGCGCCGUGAUGGUGAAGGAGGAACACCGCGAGCUCGUGGAAGGAGCAGCUGAGAGAGACUUCGAGAUGCUGGAUAUCGAAGCUGUCUUCGCUGGCAGGGCUUCGAUGCCGAUGCAGGAGCACCAGGUCCCAACCAAGGACGAGGGGUGCGCUCGCGCUGGCGCUCCCGAUGCGUCCGCCCAGCAGGGUGACGGUGCUGACCAGGCUGCUGUCGGCGAGAAGCUGGAGGAUGUGCCAGGUGAGGCCGAGCGCGAGGCCGUCGAUGGCAUGUCCAGCAAGAUGAACGAGAUGCUGAUCCUGAUGAUGAAGCACACCGACGUGGCGGUCCCAAUGCAGCAUGUCACCGUGGCUGUCCCAGUCGGCUCCGACGAUGUCGCGCAACCUCCGAUCAGUGACGGGGCUGAGAGCGAGCUCUGCAUCGAUGGGCUUCCGAUCAAUGAUGUAUCAUUGGCAUCGGUGUUGCCAAGCGGGAACCUUUUCACGUGCAUCAACCGCAUGCGCACCACGAUCAACGACUACGCGGCGAAGCUGGCAGCUCCAGAUUGGCACCGUGCCUUCAAGCUGGGGACAGUUCAGGCGCUGUUGCGGCGACUUCAGAGGCAUGGGCCGAACAUCCUUGGCAAGCAGAACUACGACUUCCAGGUGGGCUACAAGCAGCUCGAAGCCAGAACCAUUGCUAUCAUCGAGCUGUACAAGAGCAUCAAGUCUUGGCUCGAAGCACAAGACGAGUCGUUGUUGUUGAAGACGUUACCGCACUUCUCGGCAUUGCUGGGUUACUUGGACGUGAUCGGCAAAACGUUUUCCCAAGAGCUCUGCAUUGUUCUCGGCUACGCGUUGUUCCAAGGUGUUUCCAAGAAGGCUGGCAAAGUACAUCAGGCUCUGAAGGUGAUGAACCCAGAGGUCUUCACGCUCGCUGCGAACAUCGCUGAGAAGGUCAUUCAACCCGACGCUGCAGUUGCGGACGGUGCUGGCACGGCAGCUGCGGAGGAGCAAGUCGAACCUGAGGAGACUGGCCCUGCACCGUCCGACAGCAAAAAGAAGAAGGCGAAACUUUGCGCGGCAGACUUGAGCACUCGCGUGGUCACCGACGCUUCCACUAUGCAUCACAUGUCUACCAUGGUCUCCGAAGCUUUCCGAAGCUGGGCGUUCCCUUUGAACGUAGACCUCCUGAAGGACGAGGAGCUGACGAAGCAGCUUGUCAACGACACGACCUCGAUAGCGGUCAUCUGGAGUGAGAAGUGUUCUAGGUACGACGACGACAGCGUGUUCUCCGAGCUCCUCAAGGCCAUCGCUAUCGUGACGCAGUGCAGUCUUCACCAGGAGAGCGGGCGCCCCGACGCGCAGUUGGUGAGGAAGGCUCGCAGAAUCAUUCUCGAGACCAUUCGCCAGGCCUGGGGUAACAAUCCUGCAGCAGAGCUCGCACGGAUCAUGGUCAGCUACGUCGUACCCAAGCUAGUCAUGGAGGUCUCCAGGCUUCACGUUGCGCAGAAUGUGGAAGACGACGCCGCGACGGCGACCAUGCGGCAUUCAGUGGAUCACUUCGAACACAUGUUUUCAGAUGCGUUCGACAACAUCAGUCUUUGGCGAGAUAAGUUGGUUGCGAGCUCAGAGGGGAAGCUCACCCUUGUAACUGCUUCGAUUGAGCAGCUGGGAUUGCUUUUCACGGGGUUGACUGGCCCAUUCCAGCGAUGGUCUACUGCAGCAGUGCACCAGAACGUUUCCAUGGUCAUCGAGUCUUUGCAGAACUCCGAGGAGAUCUUGAAGAUUGGGAAAUACCUCAUGGUCCAUGUAUUCUUCCAUGUUUGCGGCAAGGACAUCAUCGACAUGGGCGUGCAUUUAUCGGACAUGCUUCAGAAUGCCGAGCAGAUCAGGCAGGGUGAGGGGGACGAUGAUUUGCCAGAGAAGCUCAAUGAGCAGAACGUCCGCUUGAGCACGUUGAUCCUAGAGAUGACGACCAAGAUCCAUGACUACCAGAAGGGUUUGAGUGCUUGCGCAGGGCUUAUCAAGGAUAUGCACAAUCGCUGGUUCACCAUCGCGAUGGAUGUAUUGCGAAGGGCUGGCAGCCUCGCGAAAGAUGCGCUCGGUGAGGUCAACAGGGUGCCCUUUGAGUCCGACCUAGAUCAUUCAUUGGAUCAGUUGGAGAACUGCGCUGAGUACAUCACGAAGGUCGCGGAGGUUGCGAUGGCUAUUGCAUCCAAGGAGACACCCGCCAAUUUCGAGAGCAACGUCAUCGACCUCGCCAAGCUAACCUCUAGAUGGCCCACGGAGCCCAUCAAGUGGUUUGCCGAGAGCUCCGCAACCGACCCCGUGGUGCUCAGCCAGCUGUCGGAGAAGAUGCAGAUCUUCACGGAUACCAUCGGUGACGCGGGGUGUCAGAGCAGCGCAUGUAACGCAGAUGGCAGUGACAUCUACAAUCGUGCCACGUGCGACCUCGUCGGGCAGUCCAUUGAAAAUAUCAAGGUGGUUCUCGAUUUCGGGGUUGGGGACGUCCACAAGGAGGUGGUCGAGAACGCGAGGGGUUCAGCUGUAUUCCAGAUGCUCAUUCGCGAAGUGAAGGACACCGCUGACCUCGAGCUCGGCAUCAACUUCGAAGAUGGCGACGCGAAGGACUUGCAGAAGAUUGCAUGCUGUCCCCACCACAAUGCAAUGCGAAACUUGAGGCAGUUCGUGGUUGCAAGCUCGUUGGCGCACAUCAAGACUGAUUGGUGCGUCAACCUCAACUGCGAGUCUGACAAGCAGAUGCCUGUUGACGACGCCGUGGUCUACUUCGACAUCGCGAACAAGACGAACGACAUUGCCAGCGUCAUGGCAUCACUGCAGCGCUCGCUUUACAGUAACGUUGGCGGUUCCGACGCGGUGAGCCUCGACACUGAGGGGUGCAACAAGGCCGUCUACAUGCAGGCAAUUCUCAGCAACAUGAUUGUGCAGCUCGACGGCGUGAUCAACUCGCAUGGCGCGUUGAAGCUGGAGGCGAACGGGUGGCAGCUCCCUUUCGGUGUCCAGACGUUGCGGUCUUGGCUCGUUCUCGUGGGGAUCUUCGCAAGGAAGUGCCGCAACUACAUCAUCCAGAUGAUGUGCGAGCAUGUGAACACCUUGGCGGAUGUGGUGAAGACUACGAUUCCAUCGUAUGGAGCAGCGUUCAAGAACGCGGUCAUGGAUGUCAAGAUGGCGUGCAGUUUCUUCGAUAACAAGCUGGGUCCCGUGAUCAAGGCUUGCAAUGACUUGCACGGCGGGCUCGCACGCUUGAGCGUAUCGGCCGAGCUCAUGCUGCUGACGCCCGCCGUGAGCGAGAACGAGCUGACCAGCCAGACGGUGGCCGUCGGCGUGGAGAUGCUGGCCUGGGGGGGCAAGGCUACCCAGGCUUCGGUGCUGAUCAGGGGCUCGUUCUUGAUCGCAGAGAACUCGAAUAAGCCUCAGGGGAGCGCCCUUGCCCGCGAGUUCUUGGAGAAGAACCGCAACCAGAGGACGAGCUGCAUUCCAGAAUGCUUCUGGCGCGAGCUCGAGGCCAUGAAGGACGCCAGCACGGAGGAGGUUGGUCGCGCCAUGAACCAGGACGACUCGAAGACAGGCUCUGCUUCGGGCGGCGGCACCCCGAAGCCCAAGCAGAAGGACACCUUGAGCCAGGUUGGGUCUUGCUCGAAGCUCCCAGCCAUGAAGGCCGAGGGUGCUGAGACGUCGGCCACAGCGCCGAGUGAGCCCGUGCCGCCGCCGACGGGGACGGCGCGCGCCAAGAGCGCAGGCGGUGGCGGCUUGCGCCGCACCAAGCGCAAGGACUAG